AUGGAGCGUCCUAAUCGGAGGGGUAGAGGAGUGGGGCCUGGUGCCCAAACUGUGCAACAUCACUGGGAUCCAGUCACGGACAGCAUCUUACUCGGUCUUUCGGGCGGUAGAGCCCAAGAGGAGGCAAAACCUGUAUCAACACUCUUUGGGCCGGCGUUAGCGCCCAGUUCCAUUUCCGCAGCAACUGGCCGUGAGGAAGUAUCACACCCGAAAGAAGAAAUGCCUAUCUCACCAGAAGUGGUGAAAAACUGGGUUACCAAAAGCAAAAAUUUCCAAGAGGGAACCACAACGCUUCAAGCUCUUGUCAACUUGAAAAGUUCAUCUCUUCGUUUAUCACCACUUUCUAUUGAAUUUCAGGAUGACACUGAGGCACCCAAUGUCUAUGACGCCCCUCACGGACUCGAAUUCCACUACGAUUGCGACGCACCAAAAUGCAAGAUUACGGUGAACGCGGUUUCUUCUAAGUCGUCUGUAACGAGUCCUGCUACGACAUCCGAUUCUAUCCUUGCCACCUAUGAAUCUGUUUUUGAGGGUGGUUUUGGCCGUAUGCUGCGGCUGGAAGAUGGUGCAACUCUCGAACUUUCCUCGAUUGCCUCUCAAGAAGUUGGAACCAUUGCUCCUAUUGUACAUCCUCCUCCAACACCCAAUCCUGAGCCGGAUGUCGUCCCCACCACUCCAACUUCGCGGAAAAGACUUUCUGCCUUUACCUUCAGACGAAGGGCUCAGCAAACCAAUGUCUCAGGGCCAGCUUUGCGCGUAGUUGAUGAAGAUGCCGUUGCCAGCCCUGCUACUCUGGGUAAUAAAGACCAAACUUUUGUUCGCGUGACAAUUCGUCUGGAGGCAUUAGAUGAGAAUGUACAAUCGAUGGCUAUCCAAAAUCUUCAAACUACAACAUUGAACAUUCUACCCGCUGUGAAUGGUGGAUCUGAGGGUACCGAAAACGGAAAACAUUGGGUGGUUCAUGUUGUACGAAAAGAUGCCAAGGCAAGUCUCCCUUCCUCCAUUAUCGGAUCACAUUCAUUCCGACUUCAAGACAUUUAUGGGCUCUCGAAUUCGGCUCAGCCCAGCACUGGAUUGCCUCCACCCGAGCCUGCUGCUGAGCCGGAUGCAAGUGGUUCGGGCAACACAUACCCUCCGACGCCCGCCAUCCAAACGGCUACAGGUAUAACUAAUGUCACGACAGAUCAAGACGGGAUAAGAAGCGAGUGCAUACUGUGCCUGAGCUCGCCUCGCGAAGUUGUCCUUCUUCCGUGCAGACAUCUUGUCGCAUGCAAAGAAUGUGCGCUGAACAUGGUUGAGUAUGGUGCGGGGGGACAAAUUGCCCAGCCAACUGAUGCCACGGGUGAGGAUGGGGGUCCAGUGAUUGGAGAUGGAGUGGUCGCAGAAGGGGGAGAGGCUGGCGUUCCGAACACUGCAAUUGUACCCCCACCCACGCCACGUCCAAGGAGGAGGAGGAGACCCAAAGGAUGGUAUUGUCCUAUUUGCCGACAACCAUAUACUUCACUUCUCAGGAUCGCUACAGCCCCUGUCAAGUCUUCAUUCUCGAUUCAAUCUCAGCCACUCGUGUCACCAUUUCCUGCAGAUUUAGAAGUUAAGCCAGGUUUGAGCGGAAUGCUGAGCGCAGCGGCACCCGGUUUUUUACGGUCGUCACGGAAUGAAGCCGUUCCUAGCACCGGAGUGGAACAUCCGUUAGGACCUUCCGCAGCAGUGCCCGCAGGCAUAGAGAAUUAA